AUGCCAAUUCGACGCCAGUUAAACGAAAGAGAGGCUUUGGAAACUAAUAUAACAUUUUAUUUAGAAUUCGAAGGGGAUCGGAUAUCGAAAGAGCACGUUUGUCGAGCAUUCCAGCUAGUGCGCAAACAGCACCCAUACUUUCGCCUUCGGAUUGAUGAGAGGGCGUAUGUGGAAGACGACAAUGAAUUGCAAAUCAUCCACUUCGGUGAACUCUUUCUCGAUUGGCAACAAGAAUUAGUCGAAUGGGCAAAUAGCUCCCGUGAUCAUUCGAAAUCGUUGAUGUUUUUGAAACACUGCUUCGAGGAUAGUAAACAUCAGCUGUUUGGUGUUGUGAAUCAUGUUGGCAUCGACGGCUUGGGCUAUUUUCUGUUAGUUGAUACAUUUCUGGAUUAUUUAGCACGACUAAUUGAAUCGAUUGAUGUGCGCGUUACUGAAGAGCGCCCUUUUGUCGACAUGCUGUCCCAAUAUCCGCUGAAAGAGACUCCUGAGGUGUGUUUCAAUCGUGAUUAUCUCGAACGUCAGGCAAAAGAUCCGGAUCCGAAUCAAGCACGUCCGCUGGCAGGGAAAGGUGAAAUCAUAGGCAACUUUGAAAAAUUUGAUAAAAACAUCACUAAUAACGUACUGAUAAACAGUCUUCGGAAUAAAACACCCAUGCAAGGAAUGUUAAGCACAGCUGGUAUGCUCAUUUCGAUAUGGAUUCGAAAGCCGAGACCGAUGUUACCACAAUGGAUCAUGAACUGGUGCUCAACGAAUCUCCGCCAACAAGCAGAACCCCCAGUCGACACGAACGACAUAUUGCUUGGAUCGUGUCCAUUAGCGUGGGAACAAGAGGUGAAUCAAAUUUCAACGUUGUGGCAAUUAGCUCGGACAGCUACGCAACAAAUUCAUGAAAAUAAUUUAAAAAGAUAUGGUUUCAUUAUCUGGAAUAAUCAAAAAUCUGGCUUUCGUAUCAGACAACCAACACUGAUGACCGUCUCGAAUGGGUAUGUUCCGAUCAAAACACAGUAUGGAUCGGUUAAAGUCAUCGAUAUUCGAGCGAUGACUGGACAUUAUGAUUCUGUGACAAGCAAUAUGUCUUCCCAUAUGACAUAUUCAGCUACCUUCGACGGACAGUUGCAGCUAAUUAAUACGUUCACGUAUCCUGGUCUUGGAAAACAGUGGGGUGAACGGUUUCAUUCUGGUAUGAUAUACAUUCUCGAACGUUUUGCCAAUAAUCGUGAUGAUACUGUCGCAGCAUUAUUUCGAUCUCUAGAUGAGCAAUUUCCUUUGGGAUCGGAUAUUGAAAGAGCACGUUUGUCGGGCAUUCCAGCUAGUGCGCAAACAGCACCCAUACUUUCGCCUUCGGAUUGA